AUGCCAUCUUCCAAUAUUCCGUUAUAUCGCGUACAAGGUACUCAUUACGAAUGUGCUCGAGAUAUUGGUGUGAAAUGUCGCGAACGAAUUCAGAAGCGUAUCACUAAUGAUCAAAUUUAUCUCGAGUCUUUAUUCAAUUUUGUUCAAACAGACGAAGGUCACAAAUUACAUCAAGGUUUUAUUGAUGCUAUUCGUACGAUGUUUCCCUGGUAUUGGGAUGAAAUUCGUGGUCUUGCCGAUGGUUCCGAAAUUCCAUUAGAAUUAUUACUUGUGUUAAACUUUGUCAAUGAGACACGAACUGCACUUCGUCUUUUACAAGAAAAAACAGUUGAUCAUGCACAACAAGAAACAGGUAUGAGUGGAACAAAGGGAUGUAGCACUGUACUUAUUAAUCGUAAAGAUACCAAUACAUUUGCAUUAUUACAUAAUGAAGAUAAUACAGCAGGAUUGUACGACACGGCCUAUCUAGUCGAGGCUGAUAUUAAAUCAAGCGCAUACAAUGGUGGUACUAGACAUAGUCCUAAUGAACGAUUCGUUGCCUACUGCUAUGCUGGUGUCAUUCCUGGUAACGCGUUCGGUACAAAUAUGUAUGGUUUUGUUGUUGCCUUGAAUGCACUUCAUCCGAAUUAUAUCGGAGAAAAUCGAAUUCCAAGACAAAUUCUCAAUCGAGCACUUCUCUCUGUUGUCGAUGAGAAUGAAUUAGAUAAGCUUCUUCACGAAACACCUAUUGCUUAUGGUUUUUGUAUUAAUGGGGGAUUUUUUCGUGCUGACAAUAAUCAACAAUGUUAUUUGCUUAACUAUGAAUUGGGACCGAAUUUGAACAGUGAUGAUAAGAUGAUAAACAAGAAUUUUAUCAGUAAAUGUCUUGUUCUAAACAAUGAACAAUAUGAACAAUAUAAAAAAAAGAAUGAUGAUGAUUGUAUUGCCUUAAAUUAUCUUCUUCAUUACAAUCAUUAUGAACGACUUCAAGGAUCGAUUGUUGAAAGAGCAGCACUUUUAUCAAGUCGAAAUCGUGCUCGACGUGGACUCGAAUUUGGAGAGAUACGCACAGAGAAAGACGCUUUAACUUUAUUAGGUGAUCAAGCCGAUGAAAAGUUUCCAAUUUUUAUCAUUCCUGAAACGAAUGAAAACAAUGCGGCAACACUUUGUACGGUUCAUUUUAAUUUUCAUACAUAUCAAUUGAUCAUCUAUCGGAAUAAUCCGAAAGACAAUAGUGAGCCACAUUUAGUGUAUAAUCUUGCUAAUUUAUGGAAGCAAAACGACAAGACUGAGAAAUAA